CGGAACCGCUGCGCAGAUGUGUGAGAAGAAGACAGCGCAGGUUUUAGUGAGAGCCGGAAUAGCGUUUGGGAAAGUCACGCACUGUAGGAGCUCUAAAAACGAAAGAUGUCUUUCGUCGACGACAAACUGUACAAUGGAUACUUGCGGCGGAACAUGCCCACCAUUGUCAGCAAGGUGAAAGUGAGAGAAAUAGUGGUCCAUCUGCCCUGCCUGACGGCUCACGACAGGGAAACUAUUGAAGCAAAAAGAGAGACUAGUGGGAAUUUUCAAGGCAUGGUGCUUCUUCUGGAUUGCCUAAAGAGAAGAGAAAACUGGCCAGAGCAGUUCAUCGAGGCACUCGAAGCAUGUGAACAUCCAGCUAUUGCAGCUGACAUCAGAAGAGAAUACAACGCUCUAAGAGGCAACAAUUCCAACCCCAGCUCCCCUCCAACGAAUGUCGUGAGGGCACACGUCCAUCCUCCGCCAUCUGACAGCCGUUUGCCAGUUCCAGAGACUGGUGCGGCUGCUUCUCCUUCUGCUGCUGCUGUUGAAGCUCCUCCAUCUCCUCCAGAGCCAGCCGUCCAGGCUCCACCUCCUCUGGAAACCCCCACACAGCUGCUGCAAGCAGCCCAGACCCCAGCAGCAGCAAACCAGGUUCCCGAAGCAGUUUCCCCACCUGAGCCCGUCGCCGAACCUCCACAGCCGACUCAGAUCGAAGUGCGACCUCCUCCAUCGACACCUCUUCCAUCCCCUGAGAUCCCACACACUCAGGCGACCACACCUCCGCUGCAGCAACGAGAGAUCAACUCCCACCAGGAGCCGGAGGAAAACUCUGAGUCAGACAUCCCCGAUCAGGUGAGCUCAGAGAACGGCAAGGUUGAAGUCGAGUCCAUGACCAGCCCGGAUCCGGUUGUGCAGAGGGAAGCAGACACUCCGUCUCACCAAGACCAACUCCAAACAGCAGCCACCACAGAGGUGACGCCACCACGGAGUCCGUCUCCAGCUCAGAUAGACUCUGAUGGAUCCUCCUUCCUCACUUUGACCCCAGAGAAGCCUCCAGUCCAGGACACCACCCCUCCGGUCAUCGUAAUUCCUGCUACUGUCCUGCAGCCUGAAGAGACUUCUGAACCUGCUGCUACACAGGUUGCUGAAAGCAGCCCACAGACUGAAGCUGUAGCUACAACCUCCCCUGAUCCUGUUGCUGCUGCUGGUGGGGUUGACAUUUCCCUUAAUGGUGAUGACAGCAUGUGCUUCAGCAAACCUGGACAACUGGUCAGCGUCCAAGCAGAACAUCACAGCAAUCCUACUGCCCCUGCAUCCAUGUCUCCGCCGGAGCCCUACUCUGGUAACAGCGAUCGCCUGGAGAUAAGCGAAGCUGCACCGGACUCCGUGAGCUCUCCUGCCUGCUCUGCCAUCCAGAAUCCAGUCGCAGCGCCGCCGUGCCAGGAGAACGGCAUCGCCCUCAACCACAACGAACCCGAAGAGAACCACUACGAGUCUCCCAGCCUGGGGGUUCUGGAGCACGUGGUGCAAGUAUCUGAGGUGCCGUCCGUCCAGAACCUGGACGGCCAAACCUCGGCGCCGCAGAUUCAAAUCAACGGCGAAGCAGCCAAAGAAUUCACCUCUGCACCGCCGCCGUCUACUCGUGCUGAUACCGUAUCGGGUCUGAACGCCGCCUCCUGUGACCCGGCAGCAGCUGAUAACUCACAGAAUUCAGACGACAAGGCGACUCUUCAGACCAAUCUGAACCAGUCCGCUAACACAAAGUACAUUCUGACUGCUGUGGGAGUGGGAGCCUGUGCCCUGCUGGUGGCGUGGAGGUUCAAGAGUUAAGAGAAUUUAAUAACGACAGAGAAGAUACAGAAUCUUAAGGGUAUGAUGCCUUAUUGUAGUCACUGCUCUGGCAUGGCGUGAGGCAGCAGUUUAAUAAUUACCUAUCCUAGUAAUAGCUGACUUGCAAGACCUUUGAUCAUGUCGCUAAUUACAGGUCGGUGGUUGAGUUUGUUUUAUCUUUUUACUGUUGAGAGCAAAAACCAAAUCUACUGUUAUUGUUGUAGUCGGGGGGAACUUCACAGAACUGGGUUGGAAUCUCAAGUUAUUUAUGCACUCGCUGGAAAUGUGUGGUUUUUAAAGCACGCUGCGUCUCGUUAUUAAUGAUUGUUUGUUCUGUUGUCUGAUAAGCAAGAUAAAACUGUUGGCUGUCACUCGGUGAGGAUCAUAAAAGUGAAUUUUAUUAGAUUUGGACUGGAGAAGAGGGAAAACGAGCAGGGCAGCACAGUCUGUAAAUGUCCUUUUCCUGUUCAUAAAUAGGAAACGUGGCUGUAAAUGAUCGCUAUUGCACUGUCUGUAUUUAUUUGUAAAUAUUUAAAUGUAUACACUCACCAUGUAGAAAUCUAAUUAUGUAUUUUAAGUGAGCCGGAUGUAUCAGAAACAUUCCAAAGUGCUCGUGAUGUUUCAGAUAUUCAACAAAGAAUUAGUCAGCUAAACCCUGCGUAGUUUUUUUUUUACAUAAUUAGAAAACUCCUGGAUCUUUUUAAAAACCAUUAGACUCCUUAAUAGUGAUUUUUCUUUUUAUUACAGCAGCCUCUAGUUAAUUUCUGAGCAGAAAAGCAUCUUCCAUUACUCUGACACAUUGUAUUGUCAUUAGCUGCCUAUUUUUAAGUCUGUUUAAUGAUUUUUUUGAGGCUUGUUUCUUCUUUUUUAUUGCUUAAAAAUUUAGUAAAUGUUACUAUACUAUAGUAAAAAUACUAUUGUACUAUAAAAGAUGAAACUAUCUCGCUGGAAUUGGUGAAUUUGGUCCUUCAGGGAUCCUUUUUGACAGCCAGUGAUCUGCACAAUUCACUGUGUGCUUUCUGGCAUUUUACUUGUUGAUUUCUUUUUUUUUUUCCUUUUAAAAUAGAAAAAUGUUUGUGUGAGAUGGCAGAUUUUAUUGUAAAUAGCUUUGUCAAUACAGGAAAAGGUUAAUCGAGAUGGUUUUGCACAUUUAAGGAGAUAUUUGAGUUGCACAGGUGGAGAGGAAAGGUAUUCUGAUGAUGGCUCACGUGUAAAUUAUAAUCUGAGUUCAGUUUUACCUGAAAUUUCAUGCACUGCCUCUCGCUAUGCACUCCAGCAAUCAUACCAAUAAACCUGAAAUUAUAUUUGAAA